AACACGCGACUUAUGAAGUAAGGGAGCUAAAUCAGACUUUUUUUCCAAGGCAAGAAUGCAGAAACGAGACAACUUCAUUCCAGGCCCAUAAAACAAAACCAGCCCAAGGCUCAAAUUCUACCGCAUCGUGGCCCACUUCGCCUCUCUUUCCUUCCCCGCGUGAUCGAAGCGCACGGCGGCGUCGCCGCAACCAGAAACCCUCGCCUCGCCGCCGUCGACUCGACUCGUACCGGAGCGCCGGAUCCAGACCGCUGCCGUCCCUAGCUCCGCCCGCCUCCUCCUCCUCCGCCAUGGCGGAGGGGGAUUCCAGGGAUGGGCGCAGGGGGUGGAUCCCGCCGCCGGCGGAGAAGCUCACCGACGACCUCCUCGUCGAGAUCCUCUCGCGCGUGCCCUACAAGUCGCUCUGCCGAUCCAAGUGCGUCUCCAGGCGGUGGCGCCGCGUCAUCUCCCACCCCGACCACCGUCACCUGCUGCCGCGGUAUCACCUCGGCGACGCCAUUGUCGGCUUCUUCUACUCCGACACCUUCACCAACGUCACAGGGGAAGGCCGCCCGUUUGUUGACCCCUCGCUCCCCUUCCUGCCCAAGUGCGAGUUUCUCAACGUCCUUGACAGCUGCAAUGGCCUCCUCCUGUGCCGCUGCUGGAGGCUCGCAGAUCCACGGAGAUUUGAUUACCUUGUGGUUAAUCCUGCCACUGAACAAUGGGUCAUCCUGCCUGAUUCCGGCUGGUCUGACAAGGUGCAGACUGCUCGUUUGGGGUUCGAUCCAGUGGUCUCCUCCUCGCACUUUCAUGUGUUUGAGUUCGUGGAGGAUGGUGCUGGGGAUGCCGAUGGGAAUGUCGAUGAUGACGACGACUUUGAUGGGCAUGUCAAAGGGGUGGAAAUCUACUCAUCCGUAACUGGAGAAUGGAGUCACAAGGACAAUGGUUGGGACUGGGAAAUCAGGAUACGCGAUGAAUGGAAUAGCGUGUUUUUUGAUGGUGUGCUGCAUUUGAUCACUCUGGAGUAUGUGGUGGCAGCGGUUGACGUGGAGGGGAACGCUUGGAGGACCAUUCCUAUGCCACAAAGUCUAGUUGAGCCUUUCGAUGGUAUUGGUGAGGGAUUCAUUGGCCUGUCUCAGGGUUCUCUGUAUUUUGUAAACACCGAUCACGAUGAACCAUAUAAAGUAUCAGUAUGGGUUCUUGAGGACUACAGCAGUGAACAGUGGAUCUGGAAGCACACUGUCAGCCAUUUACAUCUAUUUCGAACCAAGAGACUCCUUUUUGGUCAUGACUACAAAGUUGUCUCAAUUCAUCCGGAAGGGAAUAUCAUUUUCUUGGUUUUGCCGCAUAGCAAAAUACUCAUGUCCUAUGAAAUGGAGAGCAGAGAAGUGUGUUUUAUAUGUGGGAUUGGAGGUAGUUCCGACUGGCUUCUGUAUCUUCCAUAUGUUCCCUUGUACUCAGAAUCAUUGGCAGAUGGGCAUUGAUCAUCGUACUUGCAUAGGUUGUUGAGUGCAUUCUGCAACCGCACUUUCUGGGCCAACUUUUCAGUAACUUAGAACUUUAUUCGGAUUUUGUAAUAAUGAUUUGUAUUUGAUUGUUUGCGGUGUCAAAAACCCUCUAGCAUUUAUCAUUUAACAAUGGAUGCUAUAUCCUAUAAACAUAUAUUCUGGUGAGUUAUGCAUGACUAAUAUCAGUUUAUGUUGUUGCUUAUUUCCUCAUCAGGAAAAGCUUAUUUCUCUCAAUAUUUGUUGAGAUUUCAUAUUACAUUAUUUCCUCAUCAGGUAAUGCUUAUUUAUGUCAAUAUUUGUUGAGACUUCAUAUUACAUUGUUUACUGUUUUUCUCCCAUUGGAUCCCCUCCCCUGGUCAUGCAUAGUACAGCUAUUUUGUUCACUUUACAUGGGAGUUUGUAUUAGUUCUGUUUUGCAUGGGAGUUUAUAUUAGUUCGUCAGUGCUGAAAUGAUAUGUACUAGUUGAGGAAGGGUACUCUUUUUAUUAGAUUGUCUAGAAUAUUUGAUGUAUCGGAUACUGGCUCGUAUAAAAGAUAUUACCACAAUCGUAGAACAUGUUGAGAGCAUACUCGUCUAUAACUAAUUAUUCUUUUUCGUCACACACAAAUUGGCAUUACUGUAUUUCCCAUAAGCAUAUUUUAGCUUCAAUGUAAUGUUUUAUGUGGUAGCUGCUGAAAUCAUGUCAGUGGAACUCAAUGGCUAUGGCUGACUGCCUAACUUUUGUCUCCUGGGUGUGUUGAACAAUGUGUCUUCUGGACAGUGGAGACUACUGAAAUUGUUUUGUUUGUGUUCGAUUAUAGUCGUUUUACUGUAAGUUUUUGAUAUUUUAGAUGCCUAGAGUUGCUGUAUAUCGUCUUGACUUGGUGGUUAAUGAUGGAACAAAUAUUGAUUGAUCAUUUC